CACAAGUUGACGCGACGUGAUUCAGUGGCUUUCCUAUUGCAUCUCUACGAUCUUUAGACUCUCUACGAACGCGUGGUUCAAAUUAACUUGGGCGUGUCAAUACACUCCCGAAUUUUCUUUUAAGCAACCAGUACUGCGCAUUCGCUCCCGGCCGUCCCUCGAUGCAAGCCCGCGUACCGCGAUGAAGCAGACGUGACCACACUGCGAGAAACCCUUCGCAACCUACCGAAAGCGACCGAUAUGCAAAUUCGAGGCUAUCGUUUCAGGAUAUUUUCUUUUGGGACGCGGGGGUAACCAUGACAGGUGCACAAACUAUGGCUGAAGAGCUUCCACACAGCGUCAUGGUUUCCGACGAGGAUGCUGAAUAUGAGACGGCAGGCGAAACAGGAGGCGAAACAACAAUAAUCGCAUCUAGGCCAAACGGAGGCAAAGGAAGCUCUGGUACGAAUCAAGCUCCAGCAGAGAAUGGCGAUGCCGAGUUCGGCGACCACGAUGCAUCUGGCGAGGAUGUAGACGCAUCUGGAGAGGAGGACAACGACUAUAUGGCACCUCCGCAGACAUCGUCUCACGACAGUGUUGGACCUCCGCAAGACGGCGAUGAGGAAGAUCAUGAAAACGUUGAAGGAGAUGAGGAACAUGAAGAAGACGACGUAGAUGCCGAGGAGGAGGAAGAUGUUGAUGCCGAAGGAGAAGACUAUGAGGAAGACGAAGGCGUUGGUGCCGUUAAGUUUCAACCAGGGACAAGAAGCGACGACGACGAUGACAGUGAAAGCGAUAAAUCCGAAUCACCAAGCGCAAACGACGAAGAGUCUGACGAGGAGGCUGCAUGGGAAGAUGCUGCAGAGGCCGAGGAAGAUCAUGAAGAUGAAGAGACGGCCGCCUCAAGCAACUGCAUCUUCUGCGGCCAUAACGAAGACGAAGACCCCAGCGAGGAGUUUGAGGUUUAUUUGGCGUGUGUGUGUUGUGGUGGUAAUGCUCACCAACAAUGCGCGCGCGAUGCGGCUGCAAUGAGUGCGGAUAAUACGCCCGAAAUUUGGAAAUGCCCUGAAUGCUUCAGUAAAGAAUCCGACGUGGGGAGUGAAGAUGAGGAGAUGGAGGAUCACGAUGUUGAUCACAAUGCCGACAUUCACUCCCAACAGUCUGAUGUCCCAGAGGUACCAGGGGAGCAUGAGUCUGGUCAGCACGUCAACGAUGACGAAGAUGCCAGCUCCCAAAGCGACAAUGACAGUGAGCUUGAUGAGGAGCCGAUUGACGCUCCUCGCAGCUUGAGAAAACGCAAAUCUUCAUCAUUAGAAGAUGACGGAAACGGGCUUUCUCUGAGGAAACGACGACGAAACCAGUCCCAAGACGCAGGGUCAGAGAGCACAGCACGAAAUGGAAGCGCUGAACCAGGGCGACACCACCCUCCCAGAACUGUGCGUCUCAAGGUUCCACGACCCCCACCCGUCUCAAUAGAGAAACGUACUCGUACCUCACUUGUACUUAAACUUCAUGUCAAGCCUGGCAACCUUAAAGAAAUCUUAUCUCGCAAAAAGAGAGAAAAGAGAAGGCAGCCAGGUAGUGCCACGCGCCCGACCCCUCAACGACCAGCCCUGGCUGCGACUCCAGCUCCAGCUGCCAGAGCCAACCUUACAGCUGCAGCUAUAUCUAACCUUCCCACGCCUUUCACAUCGGACAACUACUCACAACCAUUUUAUUCAUUUUAUGAUCGCGAGGCCGAUGAGAUGAAGGGGAAGCCUUACGGCGGCAUAUUGACCGAAGCCGAGGCCGACACAUCCAAGACUCUCCCUGAUGAGGAUGAUCGAAACAAGUUCACCUCUACUCUAAAGAAAGCCGAGGAUGACUGGAGAGCGCGUCUUCUGCUGGCCAUGCAAGAAGACCCAAAUCCUCCUGUGCGAAAGUCGAAAAAGGCCGGCAACAACGGCAGUGAGAUCGAAUGCAUCGAUUUUGGCGGCUGGGAAAUCGAUACUUGGUAUGCUGCGCCGUAUCCUGCCGAAUACAGCAUAAAUCGCGUGCUGUACAUUUGCGAGUUCUGUCUGAAGUACAUGAACUCUGACUACGUUGCUUGGAGGCACAAACUCAAAUGCCCAGCCAAGCAUCCACCAGGAGACGAGAUCUAUCGUCAUGGAUCAGUCUCGGUUUUCGAAGUUGACGGUCGCAAGAAUCCGGUCUAUUGCCAGAAUCUGUGCCUUCUUGCCAAGCUGUUCCUGGGUUCGAAAACUUUGUAUUACGACGUUGAACCCUUCCUUUUCUAUGUUUUAUGCGAAUACAACGAGACAGGUUACCACUUUGUGGGAUACUUUUCUAAAGAAAAGAGGGCUAGCAGCCAGAACAAUGUCUCAUGUAUUCUGACAUUACCAAUACACCAACGAAAAGGUUAUGGCAACUUGCUUAUAGACUUUUCCUACUUACUCACCAAAGUGGAGGAGAAGACGGGUUCGCCCGAGAAGCCUCUCUCUGAUAUGGGCCUGGUCUCAUAUCGCAAUUACUGGCGACUGGUUCUGUGUCGAUACUUUUUGAAGGCGAUGGAGAAUGAGAAACACGCAACAGAAGGGCUCAGCAUAAACCGGAUAUCCGCCGAUACCGGCAUGACCCCGGACGAUGUCAUUUCUGCAUUGGAAGGUCUUAGGGCCCUUGUCAGAGAUCCGCAGACCAAGGUGUAUGCCUUCAGAGUCGAUUUGGAUUACUGUCGAGAAUACGUGGGCAAGUGGGAAGCCAAGGGUUACGUUCAGUUAAAAUCCGAAGCUCUCGUUUGGACUCCAUAUGUGAUGGGCCGAACCAAUGCCGUCAACUUUGAACUCGGCCCACCGAUCAAUACCAUCGCACCAAGGGAAGACGACGAGGCCAAGAUUGACGAGGGAAAUGGUACGGCUGCCAUCGAGGAUCAUCAGCCAAUGGUCAAUGGGGAGAAGCACGAUGCGUCUGCUCCUGAAGCAGUCGCAGAUGCAGACGGUGAUGCUUCAAUGAACAUUAAUAGAGAACAACCCCAGGAGUCUCCAGUCGAGAACCACUGUGCGGAGCCAGUGCCAGUCCAGUCUAUUGAAGAUGUGGCACCCGGGCAAGAGAAAGAUAAGGACGUUGAAAUGGAAGAUGCAAAAGCCGCAGGCCCCCCGGCCUGGCUACAACCAUAUCAGAACAUUCCGUUCACCCGCUUUGAAGUCUUUCCUGCCGUACCUGGUGGUCGACGAGAAAGAGCUCGGCCAAGUGUCAGUCGACCGACUGUCCCUCGCCCAGCCAGUAGUGCUCCCAGACCGAAGCGUCCCAGCAACAGCCAUCGGCCAUCCUCGUCUAGACCCAAGAGUUCAAAGAAAAAGACUGGAGGGACCGGUCGUGGACCAGGUAGAUGGCCAAAGGGAACAAAGAAAUCUGAUUACGGUAACGCUACCAGUGGCCCUGGUCUACCGCCCGGCUGGGUCGAUCGACAAGCCAAAUUGCAAGCUGUCACGGAAGGCAAGGACCCAGAACAGGAGGUAGCAGUUCAAGACUCAGCAGCAGAAGACUCGGUCGUUGUCUCGACGAAGACUAACGGUGCUAAAGUCAAUGGAAUUACUGCAAAUACUGUGGGAUCGGGAUCAACGGAAGGGGCUGCUAAAGGAGAGGACGUGGAUGCUGAAGGAGAGGAUAUCUAAUUUUAUUGAAAGCGGUCGAUUACAGGAAGGCUUGGGGUUACGGAUGUACUAUAUACCUUGGUAGGAUCGGCGUGGGUUGCUUUAUUGGCUUGAUCUCGCCAGAGAUAGGGGUCGUUGUUUGUAGCAAGCGCAUUGUUAUUGAAAUACUAGACAAGACAGGUCAUGGGAUGGAAUCAUGCUUCUUGGAGGUUAAAGGCAUGAGGAACAGGAACAGGAACAGGAAUAGGAAUAGGAAUAGGAUUUUUAACAAAGGAAAUUUGUAUUAG